AUGGAAAAAGACUCAAUCGAACAGCAGGUACAGGGAAAGAGGCCCAGUGAACUGAGCCAGGAGCUACAGGACUUACUCUCAUAUGAUAAGACCACAGGACGCUGGAUUCUAGAGCUCGCCGAGAAAAACGUGUAUCUCGUGUUCAGUCAGAAUCUGCUUAGGUGGAUCCCCGAAGAGGAAGAUGCUGCCAAUGCAAAGAGUGCGACAGAUGUGCCCGAUGCCACUGCCGAGUUUCACAGGCUGAAAAAGGAAGAGUUGCUGCGACAGAAGUUAGAGAAGCAGAAACAGAAGGAACAGAGUAAGCGCGAGAGAAAGAACACUGCUGUGUAUGUCACUGGAUUACCGUUGAAUAUCGGAGCAGAGGAGCUCCGAGGUGCUUUUUCUAAGUACGGAGUGAUAGCAGAGGAUCUCAAAACUGGCGAAAAGAAGGUCAAAAUAUACAAGGAUGCAAAUGGGAAGGUGAAGGGGGAUGCCUUGAUAGUAUAUGCGCGAGAAGAAAGUGUGGCAAUGGCAAUUGAGUUUCUAGAUGGUACCAGCAUCGGCGCAGACUCUGGCAAGAUACAUGUUUCUGCUGCUGACUUUUCUCACAAAGCAGCAGACGAGCCGAAACUAGACACCAAGCCGUUGGGAUUCAAGGAGAAGGCUCAAUUGAAGCGAAAAAUCGAAAAGUUGAAGAACAAAGUUGAAGGUUGGGAGGAUGACGACGAGAUUGCAGAGCGUAAGCGGGCAAAGGCUGCCAAAUUCGACAAGGUGGUGGUGCUGAAACAUUGUUUUACACAGGAGGAGCUCAAAGAGGAUGCUACAGCUAUAUUGGAUAUCAAAGAAGAUAUCAGGGAGGGAUGCGAGCAGAUUGGAGAGGUUACAAACGUGGUGCUCUAUGACUUGGAACCCGAAGGAAUCGUGAGUGUGCGAUUUGCUUCUAGUGUGGCAGCCGAUAUUUGCAUUAAGAAGAUGAACGGACGGUUUUUUUCUGGCCAAAAGCUGGAAGCGUUCAAGCCGGACGGUCUUCUUAGGUAUAAGAAGAGUGGUAAGGAUGACGAUAAUGAGGCGGAACGUCUCAAGAAUUUUGGCGAAUGGUUGGAUAAGGAGUGA